AUGACCAAAAGUAAAGAGAAUUCUGAUGAAAUGAACAGGAAGAAUCACACUUCAAAAACACAAUUCUCAGUGAGAAAGCCCAGGUGCCCUGUGAACUACACAGGUGUGAAAUAUGAAACAACGGAAAUUAUUUACAUUCUUAUGUGGUCGAAACGAUAUUAUAGACCUUGGCAAGUGGAGAAACAACGCAUUUUCAUCGAAAAUGAGUGUCCAUACACCAAUUGCUACUUCACUGUUAACAGGAAGCUCUUUGGCGGCGACAUCUCGAGGUUUGAUGCUGUCAUCUUUGAGAGUUCUCACUUUUCACGUAAACAUGGCAAACUUCAGAUGCCACAGGUCCGGUCACCAAAGCAGAAAUACAUAUUUUACUCAAUGGAGUCGGCACACCGCUUUCCCAGUUGUGAUGAAACUUAUGAUAAUUUCUUCAACUGGACAAUAACGUACAGAUUGAAUUCAGAUAUUGUUUACACUUACUUUCAUAUUAAAAAUAGUAAUGGGGAAAUUGUCGGGCCAAAGAGGAACAUGGAAUGGAUUGUAGAUAUGGAGAACAUUGAUAAACACUUGGAACAAAUAAUACGAAACAAAACUAAGGCUGCAGCGUGGUUUGUGUCUUUUUGCAGCACUGCAAAUGAUAGGGAUGACUUUGUGAGUGAUCUACAGGAGCAUUUAAGCAAGUAUAACUUAACGGUGGAUAUAUACGGCAAAUGCGGACCUUUGAAGUGCCCUAGAUCACAAUCAGAUGUGUGUAAUGCGAUGCUUGAAAAAGAUUACUAUUUCUAUAUGGCCUUAGAAAACUCAUUUGAUGAAGACUAUGUUACAGAAAAGAUUCUUACCGCCUGGGUCGUACAUAGACGGCCGCGCGUACUCUCCUUACGACCUGGCAGAUAUUAUGUAUGGUCUGAUGCUGUCCCAGACGGCGUACAGUCAGUACUUCAGAUGGAAGAAAUACUACACAUAUCACAAUUCAACGAAACACAACAUCUGUAA